GGUUAUGCGUGUGGUCAGCCAGUAAGGUAUGGGCCUGGGGCUUUCGUUGCUUUGCGCGGCUGCGCCUGGCUGGCUGUUCUUGCCCUCGGUUCCCUAAAAUAACCUUUCUUGCCGCGGCUUUAAGCAAAUCUCAUGAGCCAAGAAAUGAGAUCACCAUGCGCUAUACCUUUCGGCGAAGAGGAAUCCUUCUCACCUCUACAUUUGGUGCAAACAACAACAUCAUCAGAUGCAACGUCCGAGAGGCUCGGUGCUUGGUUAUGUGCGCAAAAAUCCCCACGAUUAGGGCAUGCAGAUGAGCACCCACUCGAGAACAGAAACCCGGCCAGCAAAAAGGAUAAAUACAUGAGCGAGAAUCGCGUGUUUUAACGACGAUGCCCGAAUAUGAUACCCAAGAAAUGAUGAUCCCAACUUCUCCUAUCAUGCAAUUCUCUCCUCCCAACAGUGAUCCUUGCCCUGCUUCGGAGGAGAAUCCUCGAGCAACACCCUCCACCUCGCAAUGUAGCGACGCAACACCCAUGCUCGUCGACGACGAAGGCGCCGAAGACGAAGAAGACGAGGACCCUUUUUUCUUCGACGGAUCGCUUGCGCCCAACACCCACCACCACCCCAUGACCCUCUCCGGCGGCGGCGGCUCCUCCUCUCUCGACAUCCUGAGUCCCAAACCCUGGGUCUCCCGGCAGGACAGGGCCAAAGUCAGCCCAGACGCAGCCCUACUCGAAUCGCUCUCUCGCCGACUGAUCGAAUGUUUCUGCACACAGGACUGGGAGAAUCCCCUCCUGAGUCUCGCGACGCCGAAUUUCUCCGCGUACAUCGACCACGCGGAAGCGCGGGUGCGCAGUUUCGACGAGCAUGUCGAGUUCCAUAAGAUGCUGCAUCUGGCGCACCCGGAGUAUGUGUACGAGGUGGAUAACGUCUCGGCGGAUGUGGACGAUGAGAAGGGCCUUGCGUCGGUGUGGGCGCUGUUGACCGUUACGGGAUACCCGGCGCAUAUCCGCAGGGAGUCACUCACGGUGUUGUCGUGGAGGAGGAGGAAGGGCAAGUGGAGGUGUUAUAAACAGCUCGGGAUCAGAGGGGUGAAUUGGUUUGAUUCAUGAACAACGCUCCGUCAGGUGGACCUUACACUUGGUAUCAAAAACAUCGAGGAUGGGCUAGAUGUGCGACCGGCGCUUCGACUCGCCGGCAUGCAGAACGCU